AUGGCACCCAUCCGCACCGCCAUCAUCGGUCUCUCGACAGCAGCCAAGACGUCAUGGGCUUCGGCAGCACACCUUCCCUACCUCUUGUCUGACCGCGGCCGUGAAAGAUUCCAGAUCGUCGCCCUUCUCAAUUCAAGUGUUGACAGCGCCAAGAAAGCCAUAGCAGAUUACAAGCUGGGAUCGGACGUUAAGGCCUACGGCUCACCACAAGAUCUCGCAGCAGACAAAGAUGUCGAAUUCGUUGUGUGCGCCACCCGAGUCGACGUGCAUUACGACACCAUCAAGCCCAGCGUGGCCGCUGGUAAGAAUGUCUUCGUCGAGUGGCCACUGGCCGAGAACGUGAAGCGGGCUUCAGAGCUUGCGGAAUUGGCCAAGGAGAAGCAGGUGACCACUGCUGUUGGCAUUCAGGCCAGGGUCGCACCUGUUGUGCUAAAGGUCAAGGAAAUUAUCCAGUCUGGCGCGAUUGGGAAGGUGUUGUGCAGUGAGGUAAAGGUAUCCCAGCCGACAGUUGAGCGUGGCAGGGUGUCUGAAGGUCUCUCCUACUUUCUGGACAAGAAGGUCGGUGGUAAUCCUGUUAGUAUUGGGUAUGCUCACAUGAUCGACUUCAUCCACUCCAUCCUCGGCGAGUUCGAGCAUUUCGACUCUCAUACCCAGCUAAGAAGACCUGCUCAGGUAGUCUACGAUACACAGACCGGAGCAGAACGCCACACUACUUCUGAUGUACCUGAUCUCGUCUCCGUGCAUGGCACACUCAAGCCAUCCACUCAUGUAGCCGAAGGUGCAUCUUUAGUGGUCAAUUUUCGUACAGGAGCAUCAUUCCCAGGCACUAAAGUCUUCGUCUGGGUCAUCGAAGGCGACAAAGGCGAAAUCAGGGUCGAAGCUGAUAAGUCGUCCUUCAUCCAGAUGGAGGCCAGCAACUUGGCCAUGCCUAUUGAAGUGCACGAUUAUGGCAUGGACGAAGUGGACAAGGUCGAGUGGAAGUGGGACGACUUUUUGGGUGCAUUGCCAGCGAGAGCCAGGAACAUUGGCAGACUGUAUGAUCUGUAUGCUGAAGGUAAGCUUAAGGAGUACGGUGUGGCGGACUUUGAGGUAGCCGUCGUGAGGCACAGAGAGAUCGAUCGUAUACUGUGGCCGUAG